AUGAAGUUCCUGGCCAUUACCUCCCUCGCCGUCGCGGCCUCUGCCGCAGUUGUCGAGAACAAGUUCUGCAACGCCGACAACUGUCUUCGCGCCGUUAGAGCGACGCGUUUCGGAACUGCUACGAUGGUCCUUCGUAUGGCGGAAUGUAGCUCAUACCUUGCCGUCACUGAGACUCCCCAGCCAUCCACCACGUUCGUCACCGAGACAAGCCUCGAGACCAUCACGCUGAACGCUACACGGACAAUCUUCGACCGUGCCGUUGAUACCCCGGCCUCCACCACCAAGAACAUUCCCGCCUACGCAACGGCUUGCAAGAACGACGCCGCAUACCGCAGCGCUUGCUCUUGCUUUGGUGCCACCGGCGUAACGACAACGGCCCCUAUCCCGAUCAUCACUUCCACCGUCUCUGUCGUCGCAACCACCACUGUUGGCCCCUUCGUCAACGCCACCCGCCCUGCCCUCGGCUGCAGCAACCCUUGGACCUGCGGUGACAAGACCAUCCCCACAUGCUCUCUCGACAAGGCUGGCGAGAAGGGAUGCGUCUGCUUCAGGACUGUCGAGGGCAGAGAUGUCUGCGCUGUCCCCAACGACUGCCAGCCCUCCUGCAACACCACGAACGACUGCUCUGGUGGUGAGGUCUGCAUCAAGCAGAGCUGCUGCUUGGGCGGCACCUGCAUGAAGGUCGACGUUUGCUUGAACCAGAUUCUGCCCAAGAUGAUGUUCAAGAAGCGUGCCGGAGCCGGUGCUUGGGUCAAGAGGCAGGGCAAGUUCGACUUCUCGAAGCUCAGCUUGUUCCCUCACGAUGCUAGCUUGGAGCAGUAG